AUGGAACCAGACGUUCCAUGUGAUGAAUGGUUUGAGUACCGGCCCCGAGACGAAAUUGAUGCACAAUUUAUUCGCCAUGCUUCAAACGCGAUGCAGCGUCAUGAGCUCACCUGUCAGGCUGAAGAACGCCGGGCACGAUGGGUUUUGAUCGAGGAUCAGAUUCAUUAUGAAGAUUCUGCAAUUGCGCAGAUGAUGUCGUUCAUGUCCCCGUUCGAUCUUUUCCUGGGUUACGACUAUUAUGUUCGAUAUGUAAAAAUAGCGUGGAUGUGCGGCCUCGACGCCAUGGUUGAGGCAAAGUCACGACUGAAUAACAAACUCUGGAACCAUGAAAAAUAUCUGGAGGAGGUCAACGAAGUUAUCGCGCUUGACCCGCAGAUUUCACCCGGUGGUGUUUGUUAUAACUUGCGUGUUUACAACAUCAACGAACGGGCAAGAGUGCUCGGCGCUCUUGAUCAGCACGAUGUGCUUACGGGCUAUGCAGAGGCAGCUGGUAUGAACAAUCCCAACGAAACGGAAUAUUUUUCCGUCAAACAAGCCCAUCGGAAGCCUACCUGCAGUCACAUCCAGCCCGGAAGAAUGAUGGAUGGUAGUUCACUUGGUAACCUGUCGGCUGCUGGUACCAAUGAGGUUGAGCUUGCCAAAACCAAUCGUGGAGUCGAAAUUAUUGACCCCCAAACUGGUCAUCCCAUUCAAUUCCAGAGGCGACCAUUGAAUACAACAAACAACAGUCGCAAUGUUACAGGCCGCGGAAAUGGGAGCAACUCAGACUGCGAUUACAUACAGGUUGAUGGAAGCUCAGAGUUGUUGAUUCGUGAUGUAGAUGGGAAUCGCAACAGAAACAGAAGAAAUUCAUUCUUCAAUCAUAUUCAGGUUGACAGAAGAUCAGAGUUUUUUCAUGAUGCGCAUGGCACAGGCGGCAAUGUGCCUACGGGAGACAAUGACCCGGUCUUUGAUGCUGUUAGCCGAUUGGACAGUGUCUUUCUUCCUGAAAUGGGGGUGGAGGCGGAAAUUUCAUGGAUCCCCCAGGAGACAUGGACAGAACGUCGUCCGAGAAACGAAAUUCGUGUCAGCAGAACCGUGCCUCGGAACUUUGGCCGAAACGUCUACAAUUUCAGAUCGGAAUUGCAUUCUAUCACCGAGCUCGACCAUGAUGGGCACGUCAUUGAGCCAACUAGCACGGGUGAGAAUGAUGGGAGUCAUACACCAAGCUUUGCGUUUAGCAUCAAUGAAGAUGAAUUGAACCACAGUGCAACCCAGAAUGGGCUUCGGUAUCUUCAGAAUGAGCCCUGUGUCGCAUCACUUUCAAGCAGUUCAGAUGACGAACAACAGACGAUGAGAAAUUCUAGCCCCGGACAAGAACUGACUGAAGAGAUGCCUUCAGAACUUUCCUUUGAUCAGCAACACGGAAGUACUGAGGUAUUAAAUUACCAGUCGUCAAUCAUUACACCGGACCUUUUCGAUGUGUUUGUCGUAGAUGUGGAGGGUGAUCUGGAAGGUGAAAGGAGAGGACGCUCCUUGGUUGAACAAUUUGAUGAUGACAUGAACUACAAGUAA